AUGGCUUCAAACCGCGAAAGCAACGGUCUAGAUGGCUAUCACAGCAAGCUUGACUUCACUACUUUCCGCAACGUCAUUAACAACAAGCUAACAUCCACCGCUGAGACCCGCCAUGGCAUCAAUCCUGCCACAGCGGAACCUCUUCCAGAAGUCCCAGUCUCAGUGCAGAAGGACCUUGACAACGCCGUUGCCUGCGCCCGUAAAGCUUUUGAGAGCUGGUCUAAGACGACUGAAGAAGAGCGCGGAAAAGCUCUCCUUUCUUUCGCGGACGCCAUCGAAAGCCAGCAAGACGAGUUCGAGCGACUCCUCGUACAGGAGCAGGGCAAGCCGCUCUCAACUGCGCAUGUGGAGCUCACCAUGGCCAUUCAAUGGCUUAGGAGCUUCCCCAAGCUGCAUCUGACAGAGGAAAUCCUAGAGGAGACCGAGGAUCGAGUGAUCAUCAGCAGAUACACGCCCCUUGGCGUUGCGGGUGGCAUUGUUCCUUGGAACUGGCCAGUACUUCUCGCAGUUGGAAAGAUCGGACCAGCCCUCUAUACUGGGAACACGAUUAUCAUCAAGCCAUCACCAUAUACUCCCUACUGCGACCUGAAGCUGGGCGAGCUAGGGACGCGGAUCUUCCCUCCAGGCGUCCUGCAAGUGCUCAGCGGGGGCGAUGAUCUGGGGCCUAUGCUUACAGAACACCCCAACAUUGAUAAGAUCAGCUUUACCGGCUCAAGCGUCACGGGUAAGAAGGUCAUGGAGAGCUGCAGCAAGACUCUCAAGCGUGUGACACUCGAAUUGGGUGGUAAUGACCCGGCAAUCAUAUGCGAGGACGUUAAUAUUGAGAAAGCGAUUCCAAAGGUCGCCACCCUCGCGUUCCUCAACUCUGGCCAAAUCUGCAUGCUUAUCAAGCGCCUCUAUGUCCACGGAGCUAUCUACGACCAGUUUCGCGACGCCCUAGUCGCCUUCUCGAAGACCAUCAAGACCGGCGACGGCUUCGAGCCCGAUGUCCUCGUCGGUCCGAUUCAGAAUAGCAUGCAAUACGAGAAAGUAAAAGCCAUGUACUCUCAAAUCAAGGAAGAAGGCUGGACUUGUGCUCUUGGCGGCAGUAUCCAGGAAUUCUCAAAAGGCUACUUCAUCGAGCCCGCCAUCAUCGACAAUCCACCCGAGCACUCGAAGAUCGUCACGGACGAGCCGUUUGGGCCGAUUAUCCCAAUACUGAAGUGGUGGGAUGAGGACGAUGUGAUCGCGAGAGCUAACGAUUCGAAGAUGGGCCUCGGAGCAUCGGUGUGGAGUGCAGAUAUUGAGAGGGCGCAUCGGAUGGCCAGGCAACUCGAGGCGGGGAGCGUGUGGGUUAACUCGCAUUUUGAUGUAGCACCGGGGGUACCGUUCGGCGGACACAAAUGGAGCGGGAUGGGUAUGGAGUGGGGUGUUGUUGGAUUGAAGGCUUACUGUAAUCCUCAAACUUUGUGGCUGAGGAAGUCGGAAUAA